AUGGCCGGUGCACGCAACCUGCUCGACGAUUUGUCGGCCGAGCGCACGCAUCCACCGUUGCAGGCACCGUCCACCGUGCAGGCCCCUCCUUUCCCGCAGACAAUGCCGACGACCAUGCCAUAUCCUUCGACACAGCAGGCUCCCUGCUGCUUCAUUAACAUCGAGGAGGAGCCUUUGUUCACUCAGGAGCUCACACAAGCCGCAACUGCACAAGCUCGAGCUCGCCGGGUAAGCAAAAGAACCAGCAACUACACGGAGAAGGAGGACAAGGUGCUCGUCGAAGGAUGGUUGACCAUCGGGCAAGAUGCAUUGACGGGUGCCGAGCAGAAGGGGACCGCAUUCUGGCGCCGGAUCUAUGAUUAUUUCCAUGAACAUCACAAAUAUGGACUGGAGCCAUUUGAGAGCGACCGCAGCGAGACAUCGCUCCAAAAGAGGUGGGGAGCAAUUCAAACGGAAUGCAACAAGUUUCAGGCGACGUAUGAUCACGUGAGGCGGAUCCCCGUUAGUGGCAUGGGUGUGAAGGACUUGGCGUGGCAAGCUUUGGAAUGGUACAAAAGCAACAAUGGAGAAAAGACCUUUGCCUUCCCUCAUUGUUGGAAGGAACUCCAAGGCACCCCCAAGUUCCAGGAGGGGUACGACGGGUACAUGGCGACCUUGACUGGCAACAAGACCGCCAAAGAUCCCAUGGUCAUUGACCUUGAUGGUGGCCAGCCUUGCGGUAGCUCCGCUUCUCGUGCAAGUCGUCCACGCGGCCACAAGGCAACCAAAGCCGACAUGAAGCGUGAUGCUUCGUCCAUGCUAUUGUUUGGCACUUUGAAGGAGUUGCAUGCCGACAGAGAGGUGUCCACGGACAAGAGGGAUGAGAGGAGGCGCCGGGAGAAAGAUGAGGACAUGAAGAACUACUUAGAUGUCCAAAAGAAGAAGCUUGAGAUUGAAGAGGUCAAGGGGGUCCAGGGCGUGCUCGAGAUGGUGGCGCUGCGCGUGGCCAGUGGCGUCUGCGGGCGUGCACACGUGCGACGUCAUCGGCAUGGCGUCGCCGUCCUGGGCGCACGCGUUCUGGCGAUGGUCGGCGUUCUCCUCAACGAUGGCGUGCCUAGGCUGAGGUAG